GUGCCAUGUAGAUGUAUGCUAUGUGAUUUAAUUAUUGGACUGACACAGAUUUCUUUUUCCUUAACUCUAGGUAAGGUGUUGAAUACUGAUUUGCGUCACUACCUCAGCCUGCAGUUUCAGAAGGGCUCCCUGGACCAUAAACUCCAGCAGGUGAUCAGGGACAACCUGUACCUGCGCACCAUUCCCUGCACCACUCGGCAGCCCAGAGAGGGGGAAGUUCCUGGAGUGGACUACAAUUUCAUCAGUGUGGCGGAAUUUCGUGACCUGGAAGAAAGUGGGUUGCUGCUGGAGAGUGGCACCUAUGAUGGCAACUACUAUGGGACCCCUAAGCCACCUGCAGAGCCCAGCCCUGUGCAGCCAGACUUGGUGGACCAGGUUCUGUUUGAUGAGGAAUUUGACACGGAGGUCCAGCGAAAACGCACAACCUCUGUCAGUAAGAUGGACAGAAAGGACAGCGCUGCACCAGAGGAGGAAGAGGAAGAAGAGAGGCCUCCUAUGGUCAACGGCCUGGGUGAGCACAAGGACAAGGCGGAGUGGAGGAAGACAGUGCCCAGCUACAGCCAGUCAGCCGGGUCUAUGGACUUGCGUGCAUGGAACACACAGGAUGAAAGUCAGGAAUCCUUGCCGAAAAACUGGGAGAUGGCCUACACUGAGACCGGCAUGGUGUAUUUCAUAGAUCACAACAGCAAGACCACUACCUGGUUGGACCCCCGCCUUGCCAAGAAGGCUAAGCCUCCUGAGAAAUGCGAGGAAGGAGAGCUGCCCUACGGCUGGGAGAAGAUUGUGGACCCCCAAUAUGGCACCUACUACGUAGACCACAUCAACCAGAAGACCCAGUUUGAAAAUCCAGUACUGGAAGCUAGGAGAAAGUUGAGUGUUGAUAUGCCCACUGCAGUCCCGCCGCCGUCAGCCACACCCUCAGGUAACUGCACCCACAACCAAGCCCUCUGGAGCAUUAUUUACAGCAGUUUAAUGAGGAAACAUCUGUAAUUAAGUGGGAUCACC